AGGAAGUCUCGCGAGAGUCGGCAGCAGCUGCCCUUGGGAGCGCGGAGCCCGCGGGGUCGGCGGUGUGGGCUCGGGGCUGCGCGGCCAUGGCUCCGAGUCUUCUUCGACAGUUCUUGGACAUCCCCGACGGCACCGAGUGCCACCGCAAAGCCUACGCCAGCACCGGUAUCGGCGGCGCAGUGGGCCUGAUUUGGUCAGUCUACAGUGUCACACACCGUCCCCCGGACUCCGUCCUCGAAGGAGUGGCUCGGGCUGGACGAUAUACAUUUACCGCAGCCGCCAUCGGGGCCGUGUUCGGCAUCACCUCCUGCCUCAGCGCCCAGGUCCGCGGGAAGCCUGAUGACCCCCUGAACUACUUCCUAGGCGGCUGUGCCGGAGGCCUGACCCUGGGAGCUCGUACUCACAACUAUGGGAUUGCUGCUGCUGGAUGCGUGUACAUGGGCACGGCGGCCGCCCUGUUCAAGAUGGGCCAGCUGGAGGGGUGGGAGCUGUUUGCAAAACCCAAGGUGUGAGCCCUGCUGCUCCCCAGAUGCCAGGCAGGGCCAAAUGUGCCCAGAAAUAAAUUCCACGUAUGUGUGUGUACAAGUG